AUGACGGGUCUCCCCCCGCCUGACCCUGACCCUCCGCCGCUCUCGACAGUGGUGCCUCAGUUCGGUUCUUUUCCAUCUAACUCAAUUCCUUUCCAGAAUUCUCCUACUAUGGUUUCUGAUCCUGUAAGGAAUGGAGUUUCUUCUGUCUCGCUCGGCGAUAAGGUUUCGUCGGUGCAUCUCUCUGACCAAGGAGCAGCGGCUCAGAACCAAGCUCCGGUCUCCUCUCAGGGCGUUUCCGGUUCGUUGAAGUUCCCUGUUCAAGGCUCACAAUCUCAGUCGUCAGAUCUUGUUGUUGAUCCGACUGUGCCUGGUACAGCUCUGAUGGUGGAGAAAUCUGUUCCUGUGAAUUCCUCGGUACAUUCACAUGUUCCUGUGAGUUCCUCUAUGGCUAUAGAUGCUGUGAUUAUUACCAAGGGAUCAGGAAGUCAGUCUGAAGUUUCUGCUUCGCCCGUGCUGGAUAUUGUUGUUGCUAAUCCUCAGAAUUUAAUGGCUGCGCUUAUAUCUUCUGGGUCCUCUUCUCCGUCUAAUAGGAAAAAGAAGAAAAGGAAAUAUAGCUCACCACAGGCUCCGGUUACUAGUGAUAUUCUUCCGCUUGAGUGGAAGAAUAAUCACCAUCUAAAUCUAUAA